AUGCGGGCAGCAGGGCAAAGGGAACGGAGAAAGCUUGCUGGAGUUGUGGAGAGACAACGUGUGCAGAACAGGGUGUAUGGUGCGAAGCGGAGGAAGAAUCCGGAAUACAAGGCGAAGACGGCCGCGUACCAAAAGGCGUAUGCGCAGACUCCAAGAGCCAAGGCAAGUCAGGCCAGAAGGAACGAGGAGUAUCUGGAGAAGCGCAAAGCCGAAGCGAUGGUGUAG